GAAUCUUUUGAAUGGAGUAGUGUUUUAAGAAGUACUUUGAAAGAUGUUUUUGGUAUUCCAUCAUUUAGAACUCUACAACUUGAAGCUAUUAAUGCAACAUUAUCGGGAAGAGAUGUUUUUAUUAUUAUGCCAACUGGUGGUGGUAAAAGUCUUUGUUAUCAAUUACCUGCAAUUAUUGAUGUAGGAUCAAGUGGAGGUGUAACUAUUGUCAUUUCUCCUUUACUUUCCUUAAUUCAAGAUCAAGUUAUGUCAUUAAUCAAUUUAGAUAUUCCAGCAGUAUUUUUGACAAGUGAACAAGAUUCAGAAACUACAAAGGAUAUUUAUAGAGAAUUAGGAUCUAGAAAUCCAAGUUUUAGAUUACUUUAUGUAACACCAGAAAAAAUUUCUAGGAGUGAAACUUUCUUAAAUAUUUUGAGAAGAUUACAUGAAAGAGGAUUAUUUAAGAGAGUAGUUGUUGAUGAAGCUCACUGUGUUAGUAAUUGGGGUCACGAUUUUAGACCUGACUAUAGAAAACUAGGUAUUUUUAAAGAUGAAUUUCCAGAUGUUCCUUUAAUUGCACUUACAGCUACUGCUACAGGAAUUGUUCAAGAAGACAUUAUUCAUCAACUUAAAAUUAAGAAUUGUGUAUCAUUGAAAGGUUCCUUCAAUAGAACAAACUUGUAUUAUGAAGUUAGAAAGAAACAAACAUUAGAAAAAACAGCAAAAGAAAUUUCAGAAUUUAUUAAUAAGAAAUAUCCAAAUCAAUCAGGAAUUAUUUAUUGUUUGAGUAAGAAGGAUUGUGAAAAAAUGGCUGAAGAAUUGACCACUCUUGGACAUGAUGUUGGUGUUUAUAACUCUGAUAUUAAAGCAGCAGACAAACAAGAAGUACAUGAAAAAUGGAGCAGAGAUGAACUUAAGAUUAUUGUUGCCACUAUUGCUUUUGGUAUGGGUAUCAAUAAGCCUGAUGUUAGAUUUGUUAUUCACCACAGUUUACCAAAAUCUAUUGAAGAUUAUUAUCAAGAAUCAGGAAGAGCUGGAAGAGAUGGACUACCAAGUCAUUGUAUUCUUUUCUAUUCAUAUGCAGACAAGGCAAGACAACAAAAGUUCUUAGAAAAUGAAAACACCAACAAGAGUGGCUAUGAAAAUAUUAACAAGAUUGUAUCAUAUUGUGAAAAUGAUUGUGAAUGUAGAAGAGUUGUACAAUUGAGACACUUUGGUGAAUCAUUUGAUCCAAAAGUCUGUUCAAAAAUGUGCGAUAAUUGUUGUGAUGAAACACCUGUUGAAAGAAAGGAU